GACAAGAUGCUUCGCACCCCCAAGUGCUCAAGGUGCCGGAACCAUGGCUACCUGGUGCCAGUCAAGGGCCAUGCGGGCAAGUGCCGCUGGAAGCACUGCAUCUGCGAUAAGUGCUACCUCAUCACCGAGCGCCAGAAGAUCAUGGCUGCGCAGAAGGUGCUCAAGACCCAAGCUGCCGAGGAGCAGGGGUCCCAGCUGCCUCCUGGGGCUCCGGUGGUGGCCGCGGCCUCCUCCAGCUCCAGCAUCUGCGCACUGCCCAGGGUAGCUCCGGGAGGCGCCGGAGGAGGAGGAGGAGGAGGAGGCGUCGGAGGAGGAGGAGGGCAUCCUCUGAGAUUCAGCUCUGAUCAUGUGGCAGGAGCUGGGUACCCUGAGAGAGAGCCUUUCAAGCAGUGCCCUGCCUGUGUCCCCAUGCCAUCCUACCAGCCCUUCCCACUGGAUGGCCAGGAUGCAUCCUCAGCUGUGGGGAUCCCUCAACAAAGAAGCUUCCGUCAUGUUUCCUGUAGCCCCUACCAUGGAGGCAGCUUGGUGCCAGAACCAGCCCGAGACCUCCAGCCAACCUACUGUUCACCGCCGCCGCCACCACUACCACCUCCACCGUCCCAACCACAGCAGUCCCAGUUCCUCCCGCCAGGCUACCUCUCUGCUCUCCACUACCUGCCACCGCCACCACCACCGCCAUCUCCACCGUCUUUUUCACUGACCAUCAUGUAUGAUACAGAAAAGGAGACUAACAAUGGUCAGGAUGCAGAGGCCCCCAGAGAGCCCAGCCAGCAUGCCUCCCAGGAGCACUCUUCCCAGGAGCAGUCCAACUAA